GUGGGCGGGGAGCGGAGCCUGGGCGUGUGCCGCUCGCCGCUGCCGGGGCUCGCCGAGCCGCCGCUGGUGCACACACACACACACGUACAUUGUCCGAGCGAGCCGCCGCCGCCGCAGCCAGAGAGCGCCCCAGGGCUCGGUGCCAAUGCGGGCUGGGCGCUGCCAGCCGGGGGCUUCUCCACCACCCCGGUGGAAAGUUCACCUUCGCCUGGGCCCGGCGCACCAUUGAUCCAGAGCGGCCGCCGCCGGGCAGGGAGGCAGGAUCUGCGGCUCUGGCCGGGAGGGGGGAUUUUUUUUUUUUUUUUUGGCCUUUUCCCUCCAAACUUUGUGCGCGCGCCUCCCGCAGAAGCCCCCCUCUCCUCCCCCCACCGCACCCGCAUCUCCGCUGAGGAUUUGCCUCUCUGCCGCGCAAGGAUAAGCCGCCCGGGCGGGGGUGAGCGCUGGGGGAAUUGAGCCAUCCCCGACAACGAGGGGACCACCACUUUCUACAGGGCCAGAGUGGCCAUCAACAGGGUGGUUUUUAAUGGACCAGUAAGGAAAGGUGUCUGUCCAACUGGUUUCUGAAAUUUGGAAGGUGCCUAGGAGGAGACUGCAAGUGAGAGCAGCAGAGGUGCUGGCACCUGGUGAACACAGAAGUUGGCACAGAGCACACCAGUGCCUGGUGGUGGUGGUGCUGCUGGAGACCCUGAGCUGGGGUCAGCGGGAAGAUGACCGAGUAUAAGCUGGUGGUGGUUGGAGCAGGUGGCGUUGGGAAGAGCGCUUUGACAAUACAGCUCAUUCAGAACCAUUUUGUUGAUGAAUAUGACCCCACGAUAGAGGAUUCCUACAGAAAGCAGGUAGUCAUUGACGGAGAGACCUGUCUGUUAGACAUCUUGGACACGGCGGGUCAAGAGGAGUACAGCGCCAUGCGAGACCAGUACAUGCGGACGGGGGAGGGCUUCCUGUGCGUCUUUGCCAUUAACAAUACAAAAUCCUUUGAAGAUAUUCACCAGUACAGAGAGCAGAUCAAGAGAGUGAAGGAUUCAGAUGAUGUCCCCAUGGUGCUGGUGGGAAACAAGUGUGACCUUCCGGCCCGGACAGUGGAAACCCGGCAAGCGCAGGACCUGGCCAGGAAUUACGGAAUCCCCUACAUAGAGACAUCAGCGAAAACCAGACAGGGUGUUGAAGAUGCCUUCUAUACCUUAGUGCGGGAGAUCCGGCAGCACAAACUACGCAAGCUGAAUCCGCCGGAUGAAAGUGGCCCAGGCUGCAUGAACUGUAAAUGUGUGAUAUCAUGACCAAGGUACUGAAUUCCCAGGGGAAAAGCUGGGGUUAUCCAGUUCCAGGAACUCUGCUAAAGGGGGCUAGUUGAAUGGGCGGCAGCUGUCUUCCUCCAUUGCAUCUUGACACACAGCGUCUGGCAAGGCUGUGAGCUCCGCAGAGCUCUUCCCCAAGCCCCCCCUCCUCCCCCCCACAUUCUUUCUCUGUAAACAAAAACAGCGGAGCGCCCCGCCCCAUGGCUCUCUGCUGAGGGGAGAGUGGAUCCUGGAUGGGAUCUCCCAGUGGGACUGAUCCUCGUGCUGGGCCGAGUGCAGCUAUUGUUACAGGAGGUUUCCAGAUGUUCAGAUAAUCCAGAUGUUCAGAAGCAUUUCCUCCGGAUGGGGAUACGAGUAUUGGGGCUCGUUUCCUGCUCUGGCGAUGAUCGCUUUCAGCUGAAAGCGCGCACACAGCUCCAAACAUCUCCUUAAACUACUGUUCCCUUCUCCCUCACCAGGAGGGAUUGUGCUGCCGAAGCAGGAGAGGGGCUGGCGUCUAUCACUGACAUGGACAAUCUUUCCAAAGGGGCCUUGAAAAUGUUUUGAUCUAUCUAUUCUGUGAGUUACCCACAUCCCAGUGGCAAUGAAGAGCCUUUACCAUUUCCCUGCAGUGACAGAAAACUGACACUUAAAUGCCGAGUGGACAUCAGAAAUCCACACAGUGCUGCAGGGUGUCCGUCCAGCUGUUUCUCUACGCGGAGGAAAGCGGAGCCUCUUUAGCCUUCUUUAUUUGCAGUGCAAACCACAAUACAGCUUUUAACUGGGAGAUCAUCUUUCUGACACACUAUCCCAAAAUGCUCCAGGGAAUUGCGUAAUCCAGGGCAGCCUCCAUGACCAACAGCGGGGGAGUAAAAUCAGAGCCGUAUUAACAGUGAGCCUUGCAGUCCCCCGUGACGUAGAUUGGGGCAGUGCACCUAUUUUUAUGAUGAGUAAACUGAGGUACAGAGAGGUGAAGCGACUUAUUCAUGGGGCCAUGAGUCAAUGGCCAAGGAAGGAAUUAGAACCUGGGCGCUCAGCUCCCUUUUAGAUGCGGUAUCUGGUAAAGGGCAAGAGUAGAGGGGGAGUAAAACCAGAAGUGUGGGGAAAAGGGAGGCCAAGGUGUAUUGGUGGCUGGGGCCUGGGAGUCGAGAUGCCUGGGUUUGAUUCCUGACUCUGCUCUUGCCUCACUACGGGACCUGAUUUGUCAGAGGUGCUGAGCGCUCAGAAUGCCCCCUGAAGCCCAGAGGAGCUGCAUGUGCUCAGCGUCUCUUUGGCACCCAGUUGUGAAUGUUUUAGCCAGCAACAUAAAAUGUUUGCCUUCCCAGCGUUGCCUAUGUCCCAUCAGGGAGAGGGAGAUGCUGAUAUUUUCCCACCUUCAUCCAAUAUGUGGAGAUUUGUGGGUGGAACAUGCCCUGUCAGGGUGCAACACCAGCAUGCUCAUCAUCGAUGUUAAAAUGCCCCUUAUCCAUAAAGGCUGGGGUUUUGAAAGGCACCUAAGGGAGUUAGGUACUCAAAUCCCAGCAUAAAGCCCCAUUCAGCAAAGCGCCUGCUUGCUCUCUUAAGCGCAUCUUUAAAGUCAAGCAUGCACUUUGCCGAGUGGGGGCCUGAACUCUCAAAAAUUAACAUGUUCUCUCAACCCCCCACUCCCCAGGCCCCGUGUAACGUUUUGAGUCCCCUCGGCAGGAGGCAGUGGGAGCAGGAGGGCUGGGUAGCGGCUAGCAGAGGGUAGGAUAAGAACAGCUGCUGAUUCUCGUUCCUCCUCCCCCUUUUCAUUUCAGUUGACCAGACCGUGACUUGGAGGGGUUUCCACGGUGCGGCGCAGGCGGACGGCGGUGACACAAAAGAAGCAGCAAAUGGAUUCGGGGGGGAGUGUGGGGGAGGAGGGAGACGCAGAGGGUAUCUUGAGCCCCACACGGACUGUCUCAAACUUCAUCAAGGCCUGUGACAAGCAACUUUUUCCCCCCCUCCCCGUCUCCUUUUGCCUCCUCCUCCUCUCCCAGCAACUGUACAAAGCCACAGAUUGAAUCGCAGUAAAUUAUUAUUUGAUGGUCUCAA